AUGAACAGCGGUUUGUAUAGUAUUCCAGCGUCCAGUGCUAGUUCUACACCUAAGAAGCAGUCAAGAUUUCAACAGUUUAAGGAAUCUCCUGCGUUUCCAGUGUUGGUUAACGUGACGCUUUUCGGCUUGGGCGUUGCAUUCAUGCAAUCGUCAUUGAUGGAUAUGAUGGCACCACAACUAUGA